AUGAGAAGACGGUCUCAGGCGAAAAUUAUCCCUGAUUCGGAGGAUGACGCGCCAUUCAGCGAGACGUCACCAAGGGGUUCAUCACCCCUCUGUCGAUCGGGGUCUCGACAAACGGGCGGGUCACUGCAUACCAAUCCCCGGACCCACCGCAACACUAAGGAAUCUGAAGGAGAAGACCCGAUCAACUCGAUCACUCCGAGAAUGACAAGACGACGGGCAGCAGCCAAGAUCGAAGUCAUCGUCCCCGGCAAAAAGAGCAACUCCCCCAGUGACACCGCGCAGAGUUCGCUCAGUGGCACUCCUGGUACAAACACGCCGGCAACCAGUGUUAGCACUGGCGUGGAAUCGGAUGCGAAACAAACUAGAACAUUACCCAAGGCCCGAAAGGAGAUUCAGCGAAUCACUGCAAAUGCCAGAGGUAGAGUUCAGCAGGCCUCGAAACGUGGUACCAAAAGAUCAGCAUCUGCCAUGUCAGCCGCCAAUACUCAGGACGAUGCGGCUUUGGCGGAGGCACUCCAGCAGGAGGAAUACGCGUACAUGGCAUCGGCUCCAAAAAGGCAGAAGGUAUCAAACCAAGACGUCUCUAAUUCGAAUCUACAACGUCUUCAAGACAUUCGACAAGGGUAUGAGGUUUCGGACUCAGCAGAGGAUUUUUCGGAUGAGCGUUUGACCUCCGACGAGGGAUCGCACCCGCCGUCAUUGAUAUCUGAUGAUGGGGAUUAUUGGGAUUCAGAAGAGGGAGAUGAUUAUUUGGAAAGUGUUAAAGCCGAAGCUGCUGCGGAGGUCAGGGGGGGCCUUGAAUCGGGUUCCGUCCGUCAUGACGAAUCGGAAGAUGCCGAGUUUGAUCCCGAAGAUAAUCCUAUGAGUUGGGACGAGAUGCGCAAAGCCGGGCGCGCGGCAAAGGAACGGAAAAAGUUGGUCUCAAAGCACCCGGUCGUAGAAACCAUGUGGGAUGAGCUUAAAGCCCAGCCCAUUCUCACCCCAGCACCCGCUCAGCAGCCGCCAUCCAUUACUCGAAAGUUAAAGCCCUUCCAGCUGGAGGGCCUAAGCUGGAUGAUUGAGCAGGAAAAGUCGUCAUACCGAGGUGGCUUGCUAGGUGACGAGAUGGGCAUGGGAAAGACCAUCCAAGCCGUGUCUCUUAUCAUGUCCGAUUUCCCACAGCCUGACCCAACACUUGUUAUUGUUCCACCCGUUGCUUUGAUGCAAUGGCAGAAGGAAAUUCAGGAAUACACUGAUGGCAAACUGAAAGUGCUCGUCUAUCAUGGCUCUGACUCGAAGGUGAAGAAGCUCACCGAGGCGGAUCUUCGAAAAUACGAUGUGAUUAUGAUUUCCUAUUCGAGCUUGGAGUCUAUGCAUCGCAAGCAAGAGAAAGGCUGGUCUCGUGGAGGGAACACGGUCAAAGCAGACAGCGUCAUACACUGCAUCCACUAUCACCGACUCAUCCUUGACGAAGCUCAUAGCAUCAAGCAACGUACCACGGGUGUCGCUAAGGCCUGCUUUGCCUUGAAGGCCAACUUUAAAUGGUGUCUUUCGGGUACCCCAGUGCAGAAUCGAAUUGGCGAGUUCUUCUCUCUGCUUCGGUUCUUGCAAGUUAGACCGUUUGCUAGCUACUUCUGCAAACAAUGUCCCUGUGAGGAACUCCAGUGGAUGGCGGAUAAGCAGGGGCGUUGUACGCAAUGCCGUCACACAGGUUUCAACCACAUUUCCGUCUUCAACAAGGAGAUCUUGAAUCCAAUCACGGAAGGCAGAACUCAGAACGAGCGCAAGGAAGGCUUGGCGAAACUCCGCCUGAUCACAGACCAUAUCAUGCUUCGACGACUGAAGGAGGAACAUACCGCCUCAAUGGAACUCCCACCGAAACGAAUUACCAUCCACAACGAAUUCUUUGGGGAGAUCGAGCAUGACUUCUCUCGUAGUAUCAUGACGAACACGGGUCGUCAAUUUGAUACUUACGUGAGCCGAGGUGUUAUGCUGAACAACUAUGCCAACAUUUUUGGUCUGAUUAUGCAGAUGCGUCAAGUGGCUAAUCACCCUGACCUUAUCUUAAAGAAACAGACCCAACCUGGCCACAAUGUGCUCGUGUGUACAAUCUGUGAUGAACCGGCAGAGGAUGCGAUUCAAUCCCGCUGCCGCCAUGACUUCUGCCGUCGAUGUGUUACGGACUACAUCGAGUCUUUUGACUCGAAAGAUAGUGCAGAAUGCCCUCGGUGCCACAUCGCUCUGUCGAUUGAUUUGGAACAACCAACAAAGGAGCAGGAGGCCGAGAGUAUCAAGAAGACGUCGAUUAUCAACCGAAUCUCCAUGGAGAAUUGGACAUCAUCAACAAAAAUCGAAACCCUCCUCUACGAACUGUACAAACAGAGAAACAAGAGCCACACCCCAAAGUCUAUCAUCUUCUCCCAGUUCACGUCAAUGCUCCAGCUCGUGGAGUGGCGUCUACGUCAUGCAGGAUUCAACACGGUCAUGCUGGACGGUACGAUGACACCCGCGCAGCGCCAAAACUCGAUCAACCAUUUCAUGACUAAUGCCGACGUGGAGGUGUUUUUGGUCUCCCUUAAGGCUGGCGGUGUUGCCUUGAAUUUGACUGAGGCGUCUCGUGUCUUCAUUGUGGACCCCUGGUGGAACCCUGCGGCAGAAUGGCAGAGUGCCGAUCGGAGUCAUCGUAUCGGCCAGCAGAGACCGAGAAGAAAGCGAACCUGA